AUGAAUCCCCUCUCCGGCAGGCUGAGGUGGCUGUGGAAGGCGCCGGUGCGGGCUCUCGGCCGCGCGCGGGACUACUACGUGCGGAGCAUCACGGGCUGCGCGCGCUACGUCCCGGCCGACGCCGCCUUCGGCGCCUACCCGGUGCUCGUGCCCAUCGCGCCGCUGCCCAGGAGCUACAGCAGCGGCGACUGGGCUGGCGCCGGCGAGGAGGACCUCCGGGAGCUCAUCCGCGCGUCGUCACAGCGGCGCGACGACCAGCAGCGGCAGGUCGUCCAGGCCGUGGCCAGGAGCCAGAGCACGGCGGUGGGGCGCUCCAUGGCGCCGAUCAACGAGGACGCGCCGUGCGAGUUCGGUGGCGGCGGCGUGGGCGGGCUCUACUCCAGGAGCCAGAGCUAUGCCGGCGGCGUCGCCGGGAGGCCUCGGUUCCACAGGAAGUAG